AUGCUUACUUCAGAGACGGUUCGUGAACAAACUAUAAGGUUCCAACAAGAUCCUUUAGCUUCCAAUGAAGACUAUUCCAUUUUGAAACAUCAUAGAGAACAUUUGAACAGGAAAUUAGAACAACAACAGCACUUUACUAAAAAGCUAUUAUUAUUGUAUUCCAAAAUAACAGAAAGUAAUGAUUUUGAAGAAUUUAUUGAUACGUUGAAAACCAAUGAGCCUUUAUUAAAGGAAAUAUUCACAUUAGAAGGAUAUAAGAAAAGAUCAAGGAGCAUCUCAAAUAGUAUGGAGAUUGAUUGGUUUAAGUAUGGAUUAGAUAUUACUGAAUAUAUUGCUAACAAUGAUGAGUUGCUAUCGUUAUAUAACAAUGGUUUAUUGUAA